AUGGCAGUAUUGAAGCGAGUGAUUCUGUUUGCCGUCAUUUUGAUCAUCUUGGUGGCGGUGGUUGCACCAAUUGUAUUGCUAUCUAGGCGCAAGCAAAAGGGUCCUAGGACUCCAGUAGCUCUCGACAUCUCAGGCAAGGUCUCAAAGAGGAUAAUGGUUGAAAGGGGCAGCACAACCCCUGAAACCACCAAGUAUAUCAUCAAGAUGUUCAUGACGGGUAAUUACAAAAUUGGUGACGUAACGGAUGGACACGAGUUGAUCAUGAAGGAUUACAAGAAGAAUGUGGAAAAGGUUGUCGUGGUUGUGAAACUUGAAAAUGGGACCACGUACGUCGUUAUCACCAAGGUCGAUUUGGUUGGUGGUCCAGACGAAAAGGGAAGUGAUGACAAGGAAACGAGAGUUUUUGAAUUUAUCAAGAAACCAGGUGAAGCAGAAUACUCUAGAGUAGAGAGAAGACCCAUUGAAGUCGACUUGAUGAACCCACCCCCGUACACAAGUAAAGUGGAAGUCAACUCCAAAAAGGCUAUAUAUGACAUUUCUCCUGACGAGUCGUUUUCCCUGCGCUUUGGCACUCUAAAGCAUGGAGAGCAGGUUGUGGAGGAGGAUGAAGAGGACGAUAUCCAAAAGAUGGUAAUUCUAGACACAAACGGCCCGAAUCCCAAAGUCGUGACUGUUACCUCCAAAGUAAAUGGGCAAAGCAUUGAAAGGGUUUACGAACUCGCAGGCUCUAGAUUUCAUCUGAUUAGAAAAAGGGUUACAUAG